AUGGACGGCAGCGACAGGCGCCUGCUGUUCGUAAUCGGGAAGUACCAGAAGCCGCGAUGCUUCGGCCACUACGUGCCAGUGCGCUGUCGCCACAACAAAAAAGCUUGGAUGACCCGCGACUUGUUUGCCGAGUGGUUUGCAGAGUUCGACCACGACAUGGCACGACAAAAGGGGAAGGUCCUGCUUGUGCUGGACAACUGUGCUGCGCACCACGUGAAGCCUUCUCUGGCAGCGGUCACAGUGUUGUUUUUGCCGCCGAACGCCACGUCGAAGAUUCAGCCGCUGGACUUAGGCAUCAUCCAUGCAUUUAAAGUGUGCUAUAGGCGGCGUUUGGUGCAGCGGCUCCUGAUUGCCAUCGAUCGUCCAACUGUUAACAUCCCGCUCCGCAUCUCCAUGUUUGGUGCCGUGGAAAUGAUCAAGGCGUCUUGGAUGGAAAUCAGCAGACAGUACGAUGCGGUUGUGGAUGCUUGUCAACAAGAUGGGCUCCACAAAGAGUUGUGGAAGCGCGUCGUAGAUGCGGAUCUGGCUGAUCCCAGCAUUGGUUGGGACGACUUUGUUGGCGCAGACGACGGCGCUGACAUCGCAGAGCCGUUCACCGAUGAAGGCAUCGCGAGUAAGGUCACGGCAGAAUGUGACCCACAGGAUUCUGACGAGAAUGACGAAAACGCGGAGCCUCCCCCGGCGACAGUAAGUUCGUCGGCAGCGAUUGAGUACAUUGCUUCUCUGAAGCGGCUUGUGUGCAGCAAAGCUCUGGGCGACGAUCAUUUGGCCGCACUGAAUAAGCUUGAGAGCGCCGUGAUAAGCUCGGCUUUCGGCGCGCAGGCCCGUAUCACUGACUUUUUCUCAAAAUAA